CUGAACACAGAACAAAGAUCGCAGGGCGAGUCUUUUUAAACUAGGGAACCGCAACCAAUGCCUGAAAACAAAGACCCCCCGAAAAGCCAAGCGGAGAAACCCAUCUGACAAUGAAAGAAAGAUUGCAUUUUAAAGGCGGUGGUAGGGAGACGAUGUAAUUAAGGGCGAAGGAGUUACAGGGGAUGAACGGGAUGGAAAUGCAAAUAAAAUGCUAAACAUAAAUGGGAGCGGAAUCAAAAUGUGGGGCCGGGAAAUGAGACAUAACGGGAUGUGACAACUUAAAUGUGAGUUGGAGGGUGAAUGUCAGAGUGACUGGGUGGGAGGGAAGGAGGAGGGAGAAUGAAAUAGAGGAGCUGAGGAGGGGAAUAUAAAAAUCAGACACCUCCCCACCAGGAAUGGAGUGAAUCGAUGAUAAUAUUACUCCUACCACACCCAGAGCCCACGUGGUUUGAUCUUUUGACUGCAGAGCCCGUGUUCUGUGUUUGAACAAGCGGUGCUGAGUUAAAACGGGCAGGGAACGGGUAACCUUCCCGGGCCAGCGGCUGCAGUCUGAAUCUGUGCCUCCAUUCUGUUGGAGGGAGGGCCAUGGACCCGCUCAGCUUCAGCAACACGCGUGUUUAGAUUUCCAGCACCCGUAGACUCACUGCCAGAGAGAGAGAGAGAGAGAGAAUGGACAGCAACAUCUGAAGGUGUGGCAGGCUGUAAAAGAGACAAAGUCUGAACGUCAGGACUAUGAGAAGGAAAUGAGAAGCGGACUAGAAAGGGACCCCUCCCGCUCUGCCUAGGGUCCCCACUCCCCCAAGCUCUGACCUUGCCGUUGUAUGAAUGGUGAACGGAGUAUGCUGGCCAGCAGCAAGAGGUGCUCGGCGUGAGUCAGUCUCAACUAAGCCUCGGCUGUUCUAGUGUUAAAACCAUUUCCAGGUUCAUCUUCCGUGCCAUCACUGACUUGGAGCUCGGUACCAUGGGGAGGUGCAAUGGGCGCUGCACGUUAAUCGUACUCUGCAGUUUACAGCUGGCAGCUACUUUGGAGAGGCAGAUCUUUGAUUUCCUGGGCUAUCAAUGGGUUCCUAUCCUGGCCAACUUUUUAUACAUUAUGGCAAUCAUCCUGGGUAUCUUUGGAACCAUCCAAUACAGACCCAAAUACUUAGUUAUGUAUGCAGGAUGGCUGGUGCUGUGGGUGGCCUGGAACGCAUUCAUCAUUUGCUUCUAUCUAGAAGUUGGGCAGUUGUCACGGGACAGAGACUUUGUCAUGACCUUCAACACCUCACUGCAUCGCUCGUGGUGGAUGCAGAAUGGACCAGGCUGUGUGGCAACCCAAGUGACUUCUGAUGACCAGGCUCCUGAAGACCACCACAUUAUCACAGUGUCAGGCUGCCUGCUUGACUACCAGUACAUUGAGGUCACCAGCAGUUCCUUACAGAUCCUCCUUGCACUCUGUGGCUUUGUCUACGCGUGUUACGUCAGCAAAGUCUUUAUGGAAGAGGAAGACAGCUUUGAUUUCAUCGGAGGAUUUGAUUCCUAUGGCUAUCAGGCCCCACAAAAGACCUCUCACCUACAGUUGCAGCCUCUCUACACGAUUCCAUCCAGGAACACUGGGCAGAAUAAACAGGGGACGUCCUGGUCUUAACAAGGCAGGAGCAGAAAACGUGAGCCACGGGGAGAGUCUGCACCAACUGUCAGAAGCAGACACUGCUCGGGGGAUUUUGUUAAACAAUGAGAAUGCUCCAAGAGGCAGACGGAGAGAGAGAGAAAGAGAGAGAGAGAGUGAAACAGCUGAAGGAUUUGUGGGGGAAUAAGACAACAAAAGUUCAGCAGUAACGGUUGUAAAUUUCAUAGAUAUUUCACCGAAACCAGAGAAUUUGCUAUUUUAUAGAAUUAGAUAGAAAGUACACUGGCACCCUCUGAUGUUCAAUGUUCAUAAAGUCUGGCUGUGUUCACAAAGCAGUUCGUCCACUGUGAGAUUUCUCUUUGCAAGGCAAGUGCCUGGUUGAGACCCGAUUCCAUGGA